AUGCCGGCGAACGAACAUCCCCUUCCAAACGAGGAGACUCGUCCCAUGUUUCCAUGGCGACCUGGAAAAGGCCUCUUGUCAUAUGGAUGCGCUUUCACAGAACUUCUCCAUGCCCAUCUCACCCGCAUGGGAAAGCAGCGCGUUUUUGUUGUGGUGUCUAAAUCACUCGCGGAAAGUACCAAUGAAUUGGACAGAUUAAAGGAAUGCUUGGGAACGACGUUGGUCGGGGUCAAAAUCGGAUUCCCAAGUCAUCCACCAUUUGAAGAUGUUUUGAGACUCACUAGCGACAUUCAACAAGCCGAUGCAGAUGCAGUUGUUACCCUAGGAGGCGGAUCAAUAAUAGAUGCUGUUAAGCUAGUCACUUUCAGUAUCGCCAACGACGUCCAUGACUUUGAUAGUCUCGAGGGCCUCAGCAAGGCCACAGCAUACACUAUGGAAACUGACAAUGACUACGCAAACUACACUGACUCGCCUAAUAUCAAACCUGCAACAUUGACCAAGAUCAGUAUCCCGACGACGCUAUCAGCUGGUGAAUACUCGCCGUAUGCUGGAGCAGUCGACCCACGGGAUGGUGUCAAAAAACUAUUCAUCCACCAAAGCCUCAUUUGUGACGUAGUGAUUCUUGAUCCUGAGCUCACUAAAACAGUGCCCGAGUGGGUUUGGAUGAGUUCAGGAGUACGGUCAAUUGACCAUUGUGUGGAACUUCUGAGUAGCCUCCGCCAGCAUGAAACGCUGACAGAAGAGUCGGCCAAAAAGGGGCUGGUGAUGGUCGCACGGGGGUUACUCAAGCUUCGACUGAAUCCGCAAGAUGCUGAUAGUCGACUCGAAACUCAAAUUGGAUCUAAUUAUGCCAUGGAUGGUCUAUCUCGAGGCGUCCACCUAGGUGCCUCACAUGCUAUUGGCCAUCAGCUUGGGACUAUGAAUGUUGCCCAUGGUCACACAUCCUGCAUUCUCAGUCCAGCAGUGAUGAAAUACAACGCUUCCGUCAACGCAGACCGCCAGAAACGUGCCCUGGAUACCUUGUGGGAAGACCCAUAUAUUUCCAAUGUUUUAGAACGACGUGGUCUUACUCAUUCUCAAAGUGAUCUGGGAGACACGCUUCAUGGGCUAUUUGCGGAGUUGGGUGUACCUCAAACAUUAAAGGAUGUGGGUGUUUCUGGUGAGCAGCAACUCAAGACCUUAGCUCAACGAAGCUUGGAAGAUCCUUGGUGUCGAACAAAUCCGAUUUCUUUGACACGACCUGAGCAGGUUAUGGAGAUUCUGAGGAAGGUAGAAGGGUGAAAAUGAUUUGAUUUUAUACCAUAUCAUGUAGUCAG